AUGAUGAGCUCGACAUAUCUCGACGCCGCGGAGGGGGAGCGCGGAGGAGCACGCUUCGGCGGCGGCUUGUCUGACAACUGGAUGAGCAGCAUGGAUGCCGCUGCCAUGCCCUUCUCCGGUCUGGAUGCUUCAUACGAGGCUUCACCUCAGACUUCUCUUCAGUCCCCAGAGACGCCCAGUCUCGACAACACCGUCUUCCCCUCCCCCAUGGCUGACUUUGCCUACCUUGACCGGCCGUUUGGGGACUUUUCCUCGAGCGGCUACGCCAUCCCGCCCGCCACCCCGGGCCAGUUCCCCGUCCGUGCCUCUACCUCGCUCUCCGACGGCUACGACCUGACCGGCGGCUCCUCGGUGAGCCCGUCCCUCGGUACCGUCUGGCCUGCCCACGUGUCCCCCGCGGCGACCUUCCUGCCCACCCCGCCUAUGGCCGACGAGCUGUCUGCCGCCGAGUCAGGGGCCGAGGACGACAAUCCGGACCGCGACGAGGACGAGGAGGAAGAGGAAGAGGAGGAGCCGGCGCCCAAGAAGCGUAAGCGAGGCGCCGACAAGACAAAGGGAGCCAAGCGGCCUCACACGCAGCUUCGCACUGCGUCUCGAGCUCCCAAGAAGCGAGGAGCCGCAGCCACCAAGCCGCGGCAUCCGUCCGAGACUGUUGAAGAGGUCAAGGCUCGGGCAGCUCACAACCAAGUAGAGCAGCAGUACCGCAAGCGUCUCAACACGCACUUUGAGCGGCUACUCGCCGUCCUGCCCCCACCCGGCCGCGAAGGCGGCGUUGCGAGCGAUCGCAGGGUCAGCAAGGCCGAGGUGCUCGACCUGGCUCGCGAGAGGAUCCGCGCGCUGGAGAGGCAGACGGCUAGGCUGGAGAGGGAGCGGAGAGAACUCCGAGGGAGAAUUGGUGGUCUGGAGGGGAGGAUGGGUGGUAGAUGUUUAGUUUAG